AAAGAUUUUCAAAAAGUUUGUCUUGCAUUUUGCUCAGUUGAACGACUUGUGGUCAGCAGCUUCUACGUUUAGUUUAAUUCGCAGGUUUCUAGCAAAAAAAAAAAGUUUAAUAAAGAAAUACCUGCUAUUGUCGUUAUUGUUUAUCAUUUAAAUAGAGAUCGGAGACUUUUACGCACGGUGCGUAAUUUGCGCACUGAAGGAGCAGCGCUUGCUUGCGCAACCAAGAAGUUCCUGUACAGCUUGUUCACAGCUUUUUAUGUGUCCUUCUACAAGCUUCCACGAAAUUCCCAUUCCAGCAGCUCUGCUCUGUGAUUUUGUUCAUUGCGUAACUUGAUCGUAGUCGCUGCCCCUCCUUGUUUCUGUGGUUUGGGGGGGGCAGCAGCAGCAGCAACAGCGGCACCACCCACCCCGCUCCUUCUCCGACACUCCCCCGUCAUUCUGUACAUACAGGCGGGCUGAGAGCGGCACCACUCGAACACAAACACCGUCGCACUGGAAUGAGCCGUUACGGGAAUCCCCUCAGAGCCCUCUUCUCCAGGCGCAGGACGCUGAAAACGUGAGAAGAAGAAGAAGAAGAAGAAGAAGAAAAAAAAAAGGUCAGUCCGACAUCAGCUCAGUGGACAUCUGACAACAAAAACAAACAGUGGAUCAUCUCCUGCAUCUUCCUGGCCAACAGUUCCAUCACAUACAGCACGCAUCAGUCCAACACCGGGCGCUGCCAGGGGCGUAAAAAAGCCACAAGAGGGGAAGUGGACAGAGGGGCAGCUCUCUAGGAUAAACGGGGGUGGGGAGGAGAGGAUGGAGGCCCUGCUGAAGAGUCACCCAGGCCCCUCAGUGCUGGUGUUCUCCCUGCUCUUCAGGGUGGUCCACCAGCUGCUGCAGAAGCUGCCGGUCCCCAAAGUGGUGAGGCAGGAUGAGUUCCGCUUCUGGAAGUGGAAGAACCUCUCCAUCUCCAUGGUGCACUCCUUGCUGACCGGGACCUGGACCUUGAUCUGCGCAGUGGUUUGGCCGGAGACGUUGACAAACCUCUACUCUUACCACUGCCCUUCGUCCUACCUGCUGGUCUGCGUCUCCACAGGCUACUUUGUGCAAGAUGCAGGUGACAUUAUCCUGACAGGACAUGCAAGAGGAUCAUGGGAAUUCUUACUUCAUCAUGCACUGGUGAUCAUGGCUUUCCUGUACGCCCUCUUCACUCAGCGGUAUGUAGCCGGCGCGGUAGUGGCUCUGCUCGUGGAGGUCAACAGUGUCACCCUGCACCUGAGGCUGAUGCUGAAGCUGGCGGGCGCUCAGUCCUCCUCCACGUACUACAUCAACAAGUUCGCCAACCUCCUUACCUACGUCACAUUUCGCCUGAGCGCCCAGUUUUACCUCACCUGGUACAUCAUCCACAACUACUCCUGGCUGGACCACGGUUCAUACUUCCUCAUCAGCAUGGUGAUGAUGAAUAUUAUGAUCCUGAUUUACUUCUACCGCCUGCUCCGUACUGACUUCUUCUCCCACACGAAGAGAUACGUAGGACAGAACGGGACGCAUAACAACAAUUCCAAAAAGUUUCUCACUGAUUGACCGGUGGGAGUUCAUGAGACUAUACUGUUUUCUUUAUUCAUGGUGGGAGUUUACACGUUUUGUCUGUUUCAGAUUGUAACUGACAUCAUUCCUCAUGACAACAGGCUCCCCUAUUGUGUCAAACUGCCAAAGAAAAAAAUCCUCAAAAUAAUAAGCUUUGGUGAAACUACCGCACUUUUGCAGGUGCAAGUCAGAAAUUUUACUUUUUACUGGGGCUGCAACUAACAAUUAUUUAGUAGUAUUAGUCAAUAAUUUAAUUUUUUUCGAUUAAUCAAUUAGUUGUUUGGUUAUUAAAACGCAAGGGAAUGGUGAAUUUGUUUCUGAAAGUCCAAAAUGACAUUGUCAAAAGUUUCAUUUUGUCAAUAAGCCAAACAUAUUAUGUUUACAGUCAAAGAGGUGUACAGACACCAGAACAUGUUGUUAUAAUAUGAUGUAAAUAUGAUAUUUUAAAAGCUG